GACAGAGAAGAUGUGAUUAUUUGCAAAGUAGAUACUGACGACAACAUAGCCGAUCCCUUGACCAAGCCUUUAGGAAAGCUAAAGCAUGAGGGUCACACUAGGUCCAUGGGCAUUCGACCGAUGCCAGAUUGGCCAUAGUGCAAGUGGGAGAUUGUUGGAGUUGUGCCCUGAUGGCCAACUGUUUAUCAUUAUUCUAUCAUGUAUAGGCAGAUAUAAUAUGUUUACACAUCUCAUUCUAAUGAGUAAUGAUCUUAUUUGGAGGCGUCUGGAUAGGGUAUUCUUUAAUCACGUUUGGGAUUCUUCUUGGCCUAUUCAUUCAAUGAAACAUUUGCCCAAGUGUGGUAGUGAUCACUGCCCUAUUUUGUUCACCUCAAAAAUUGAGCCUGGUCAAACCUCAAAAUCUUUUCGUUUCCAAAACAUGUGGCUUUUGCGAGAUGAUUUCAUGCAGUUCUGCAGGAGGUGUUGGGAGGAAAUUCCUUUUCAUGGUGGUAUGCUUAGCCUCUUUAAUAGGCUACAUCAUCUUAAAGGUAAACUGUCCUCUUGGAAUAACGAGCAUUUUGGUAACCUUUUUGAUAUGAUGAAAGAAGCUGAGGAGGAUGCAGCUAGGGCUGAGAUGCUUUAUGAGGCUGAUCCUUCUCCAGAACAUAGAACCCUUUGCAAUCUUAAGCAGGAUGAACUGGUUGUUAUUUCCAAAAGAGAACAUGCCUUUUGGAGGCAAAAAUGUAAUGUUAAAUGGCUUCAAGAUGGAGAUGCCAAUACUAAAUUUUUCCAUAACCUUGUGAAGGAGAAGAGAAGAAAGCAAAGAAUUACCACUCUGACUAAUGACCAAGGCCACACUAUUGAACACACUGCCUCUCUUGAGGCCAUGGUGGUGGAGCAUUAUAAGAAUCUUUUCAAUUCUCAUGAACCAAUGCCCUCCCAGGAUGUCUAUGAAAGUUUCUUAAAUGCCAUCCCUCCUCUUCUUUUUCCUGAACAUAAUGAUUUGCUUAUGAGACUUCCAGAAGAAGAAGAGAUUAGAAACAUUCUUUGGGAGAUGGAUAGUGACUCUGCAGCAGGUCCAGAUGGUUUCAACUGCAGGUUCUUCAAAGCAUGUUGGGAUUUUGUUAAGAGGGAUGUCACCUCAGCUUGCCAAGAAGUCUUUUUGGGUAUUCCUCUUCCUCCUGCAGCUGCCAGUUCCAAUAUUUGCCUUUUGCCUAAAGUGGAGAAUGCUCAAAUACUCAAGAGGCUGGGUACCCUCCUGCCCCUAAUUAUUUUAGAAGAGCAGGGUGCCUAUGUACCUGGUAGGGAAAUUCUUGAUCAAAUUUUAAUUACCAAGGAGAUGGUUCAUCACAUCAACAGAAAAGCCAAUGGAGGUAAUCUUAUCAUCAAGCUUGAUAUGGCUAAAGCGUUUGAUAAACUGAAAUGGUCGUAUUUGUUUGACAUUCUCCAACAGUUUGGCUUCUGUGCACAGUUCAUUAACAUGGUUAAAAAUCUGCUUAGCUCUUCUAAGUAUUCUGUUUUAUUUAAUGGAAAACCAUGUGGUUAUUUUGGCCAAUCCAGAGGCAUUAAGCAACGCGACCCACUUUCUCCCCUUCUUUUUAUAAUUUCUAAUGAAGGCUUCUCAAGGAACCUCAAGAAGCUCUUCUCACUGGGCAGAAUUGGCCACUUCAAUUGUGGUACUAAAAGCAUACCUAUUACUCACCUCUCUUAUUCUGAUGAUAUUAUUAUCUUCUCCUCUGGGCAUGCCAGAUCCAUCUUGAAUUUGAGAAGAUUCCUGGAGGACUACCAACUGGUUUCUGGGCAGACUAUUAACUACCAAAAAAGCAGCUUUGUGGUUGGGAAGAAGGCUAACAUUAUACUGAUUAACAAACUGCAACAGGCGCUUAAUAUGCCUUUUAAGGCUUGGAGUUCCAAUUGAUCUUGGAAUCACUAGGAGUGUUCAUUGUGCUCAUAUUAUCCAUUCCUUUGAUAAGAAACUUAAUGGAUGGUU